UAUUAGGAUUUUAGUGUCAUGUUUUACACUUUGGUUACUUUAAUGACAGAAAUGGUAGGUACUCGUUACACAAGAAUUCCAUUUCACCUCACUUGCAUGUCUUUGGACUGUGGGAGGAAACCCACGCGGACACGGGGAGAACAUGCAAACUCCACACAGAAAGGACCCGGACCGCCCCACCUGGGGAUCGAACCCAGGACCUUCUUGCUGUGAGGCGACAGUGCUACCCACCUGUAUGAAGAUGUACACAGUAUCCCCUCUGUCACAGCCUUCAUGUCCUCUGGCAUCAAUGAGUCUUGACAGCCCUGCCACCUGUCAGCGAUUUGUGGCUCGUCCCUUCUCAGAUCACUGUCAGUGGGUACUCACCAGGACCACCUGCUGAUUUCGGGUUUAGCGAGCAUCACCAGAACGAGGUCAUAAACUACAUGCGUUUCGCCCGCUCCAAGAGACUCCUGCGACUCAAGACUAUUGAUUCAUGCUUUCAGGAACUCAAAGACAGCAGGCUGGUGGAGGAGACCUUCACGGUUGAUGAGGUUGCUGAUAUGCUGGAUGGAUUGCAGGUGGUGGUGCGUGGAGAGGUGGAGAUGGAGCUCAUCAACACCGCACACACCAAUGUGCUGCUCUUGCGCCAGCUUUUCUCCCAGGCUGAAAAGUUCUACCUCAGGUUGCAGACUGACAUCUCCGAACUGGAAAACAGAGAAUUACUGGAACAAGUAGCAGAGUUUGAAAAGACUGACUUCAAGUCCAACAGCAAGGUCAAUCAGGAAUCCUGCAAACCCAAGUUAGCUCCACUGAACGAGGGAGGAGUGUCUGAACUACUCAACAAGGAGAUUUCCAGACUACAAGAGGAGAAUGAUAAACUGAGAGCUAGACUCAGAACCUUGGAAAGCCAGGCUACGAGUGCCCUGGAUGAGAAGUCCAAAACGGAGAGAGCUUUAAAGGACCUACAGAAGAUCCAGGGAGAUCAGCAGCAUGACCUGCAUACACAGGAGCUCCUCAACCUGGAGAACACGAUGGCAGCAAUGCAGGUCGACUAUGAGAACUCAAUAAGUGCCAGCACUGCUUCACAGAAGGAACUGCAGGACAGCCUGGUGUCAGCUAAACAUGAUCUGCUACGUGUUCAGGAGCAGCUCUCCCUCGCUGAGAAGGAGCUGGAGAAAAAAUUUCAGCAGACAGCCGCAUAUCGGAACAUGAAGGAGAUUCUGAGUAAGAAGAACGACCAGAUUAAGGAUCUCAGGAAAAGACUACAGAGGUACGAGUCAGAUGAGUGAAGUGGUUCUCCACGGUACAUCCCUUCAUGAGGAACUUUUCUCGACAGUGAAGAAGCAGAAGUCAGAUUUGCCCCUAACACUCCAACACUAUAAUAUGGAAAAUGACCAACGAAUGAAAUGCAAGAAGGAUGGAAAUAGUGGGACUUCAAAUAGAAAUGCUGCCAAUUUUGAGUCCCCCUAGGCACAUCUUUUCAUCAGAAUAACGUUGCAGGUAUUAGCUAAAGUAACACUUUUGCCGAGGUUAGUAUUAUUCAGGUAUAUCUGGAUGUUCAUUAGUUUUUUACUUAAGAUAUGUGUGUCGCUAACUAUCCAAACACUACAAGUGCUUUCAUGUUUAGCACCAAAAAAAUCACAAAAGUUUAGUUUGAGCUCAAUUUUGGACCUUGAGGCACAAUGUUAUGCUUCUUAUUAUGGCUCUUGUAUCAUUUCCAGCUCUCCUUUUUUGUGUUGAAUUAGAAAAUAUCAUGUUCAUGCAUUUGCAACACAACCAGUGACAGCAGAUCAGUGACAAUCAUGUCUUAUUAAAAUGGUUCAAACAUUAUUUGUUUGAUUGGAUUAAAGUUCACUGACUUUUUCUGGCCAUUUACAGUGUUGAGUGUUUCAUGCUUGUUGAACCAGAUUUACACAAAUUUGGCUCUAUGCGCUUUGCACUUUAACAUGAGAGUCUCAACAUUGUGUUCUUUUUGGACAUGAGAAUGUUUUCUCUGUGUCUGCGUGGGUUUCUUCUGGGAGCUCUGGUUUCUUCCCACAGUCCAAAGACAUUUAAGUGAGGUGAAUUGGAGAUACAAAGUUGUUCUUGACAGUGUUUGAUGCUGAAUUUGAACUGAUACAUCUUGUGUAAUUAGUAACUACCUGUCCUGUCAUGAGUGUAAAACAUGACGUUAAAAAAUCCUAAUAAAAGUCUA